AUGCACACUGUCUUUCGAAUUGGUGAAGUUCGAAAAAUUGAUAAGAAAAGUCCACUUUAUGAAGUGGAUCUUAAACUUACGUCUGAUGAUGACCAACAACUUCGUCAAUUAACCGACUGUAUACGAGAAGAAUCUUCAGGUGGCACUGGAUGGUAUCGAAUGGGUAAAUUGCUGCUCAAAAUAAGUCAAUUUGACAAGGCUGAAGAAUUGUACAUGACACUACUAGAACAGGCAUCCGACGACAGUGCUAGAGCACAUAUCUAUCACCAGCUUGGAUGGUUGAAAGUCGACCAAGGACAAUGCAAAGAAGCAGCUUCAUUUUAUGAAAUGUCUCUCAAGAUUAAACGAAAAACUCUUCCAGAAGAUCAUCCUUCAUUGGCUCCUACCUACAACAACAUCGGUGGAGUGUAUAAUGACAUGGGUAACUACUCGAAAGCACUUGAAUUUUACGAAAAAUCACAUCAAAUCUUCGAAAAAGCUCUGCCUCCGAAUCAUCCCAAUUUGGCUAUUUCCUACAACAACAUCGGUCAAGUGUAUAACAACAUGGGUAACUACUCGAAAGCACUUGAAUUUUACGAAAAAGAUCUUGAAAUCAAGAAAAAAGCUCUACCUCCGAAUCAUCCCGAUUUGGCUGCUUCCUACAACAACAUCGGUGGAGUGUAUAACAACAUGGGUGACUACUCGAAAGCACUUGAAUUUUUCGAAAAAUCACAUAAAAUCCUCGAAAAAGCUCUGCCUCCAAAUCAUCCCAAUUUGGCUUGUAGUUACUUGCAUUUUGCAGCGUGUUACGAAAGAAUGAGUGAUUACGCAGCAGCUCUUAAGUCUCUUCAAAGUGCUUUUCAAAUUCAACAACAAGCAUUUCAAGAAGGUAAUCCAGCUUUUGCUUCAACAUAUAGUUGGCUCGGAAGAGUUUAUCGCAGUUUGAAAGAUUACUCAAAGGCACUUGAUAAUUUUGAGAAGUGUCUCGCAAUAGAUCUGAAAACGUUACCUGAAAAACAUCCCUAUCAGGCUAUUACAUAUAGUAAUAUAGGUGAUGUUCAUCGAUUAAUGGGUAAUUAUGAAAAAGCAGUUGCAUUUCAUCAAAAAGCAUUAAAUAUUCAAGAAAAUGUUCAAUGUGAUCCUACGGACUGUGCAACGACAUAUAUAAAUUUAGGUGAAACUUAUCGUGAAAUAAAAGAUUAUUCAACAGCAUUGACAUAUUUCGAAAAAGUAUUAGAAAUACGUGAAAAGAAAUUACCAAAAAAUCAUCCUGAUUUAGCUGUUGUAUAUCAUAAUAUGGCAAAAUUAUAUUUGGCUACACGAAAAUAUAGUAUGGCAAUGAAAAAUAUUCAACAAACAGUUGAAAUAGCUCAAGAAAAAUUACCUUCAACUCAUCCUCAUCUUUUGGAAUAUAAAGAAACAUUUGAAAAAAUUCGAAAGAAAAUGUAA